UAAUAAUAAAAUUGAAUUUUCUACAAUGUCACAAAAGAGUAAGGUACAUCCUAUUUUUAGAAAGCUUUAAAAAGAGAACCCCUUCAAAGCCUUACACCAUUGUCCAAACGCCUCUCGCAAGGAUGGCAAUGGAUAUACGAUUCAAGAACAUAAAGGAAAUGAUGAUACAGAAAAAGAAGGAAACAAGAGGCAAAAAGAUCAAACUUCCCACAGAAUCAGAGCUAAAAUAAGUUCAGAGUCAGACCAAAGCCUGUUGAAAAGUACCAAGAAGAGAGGCCUGAUGGGCGUGAAGAGAUUCUGUCUCCUCUUAAACGCAAAAGGAUGACUCUCAUAAACGAACGAAAUAAAAUUAUCAAAGACGUUGAGAACAAAAUUCAUAAUUUGAAGAAAGAGACUGAUCAUUAUAAAUAAAUGGAAAUCUGAGAUGUUCCUCCAAGAUCUCCGAGAAGGCAAUAAGAAGACUACUCGGAAUGAGAAGAAGACAAAGGUCAGCCUUCCUCAUAUCUCCCAAUCUCAGUCUGAGGAUAGAUUCAAAUCAAGAGAGAAUUCUGAUUACAAGAGUAAUUCAAAAUAGUGAGAGGCAAAAUAGUUUGAUUCAUAAGAAUGCCAAAAACAAAAUGAAUAAAUGCAAUAAAUCAUAUUCUUCCACAAUCCAAAAGCAAGAGAACUGAUUUGAUAUCUUCAGAGACGAAGUGUUGAAGAAUCACAAAAAGUUAAACAAACAGUUCAGACAGAAAGAGCUCAGAGAGCAAAUCAUUCUAAAUGGAGGAGUUUACCCCCAUGCAUUCAAAAAUUCUGAAGGAAAAGAAGCAUUCAACCGAAACGACAGAGUCUCCUUGUUGCUCUACUCUCAAGAUCCCAGCCUUGAGAAGAAGUAUUUGUCUAAAGACAUGAAGAGAAUCUUGAAGGGUAAAAAUAUAGAUGAGAAGACAGGGAUUGAAUCUAGUAGUAAUUUCAAUCAGAAAUCUAUGAAGGAAAUAUUAGACCAGGAGUUAUCUGAAGAGACCUCACAUCUUGAAACAGUCGUUGUUUCGAAUAAAUAUAAAUCGCCUAUUAAGAAAUAUCUGAAGGAUUUAGAUGAAUUGGUUUAUGAUAAUACAACUCCAGAAGUUAAUCAGACUAUUGAUUAUGAGUCACUAAACAAGCUUGCGAUUACUCCUGAGCCUCAGAAGAAUAUUCUGACCAAAUCUUCUGAGAGAGAUGGCACUGUAGGUUUUCAGAAUCGUGGGAUGAGGGUAGACCAAGCUGAAACUGAACAGAUUCCCUUCUUACAGGUCUAUCCUUCUCAAGAGAAAAUUAAAAGUAUAGGCAGACUUGUGAGGGUUGAAAAGCAAGUCUUUGAUUCUGAAGUAAAAUCUAAGAAGAAGGAGUUGAACAGAAAGAGUCAGAAUAUGUAUAAAAGUCUUCAAUAUGAGGAUGAAGACAUUUCUCGAUACAGCCAAAUCAUGAGCAUGCUCAUUCUAUUAAUAUUUAGAUAUCAGGAAUGACGUAAUGAAGAGAAUGAGGUACCAUUACUUGAAGAAAACCCAGCUUCCUCACUUCAAGAGAGAGCUUAGAAAAUAAAAUAAUAAGUAAAAGACCAGAAGAGAGCAUUAGAUACAAAAAUUCUAAAAUGGACCUGAGUCAUUCAAAGUCAUUUCAGAGUUCUAGUAGCUCUUACCUGAAGCACCCUGAGAAGAAGUUUAAAAAUGAUUUUGUUGAUUAUUUCAAUUGUGCACUCACACAAGUAAUAUGAUAAAUAUUAGCUUUAGGCAAUGUUUUUACAGGAGAGAAAUGGUGUCAUUACCAAAGAGAAAGGUAGGCUUGUAGGAUAACAAAUAGACGAGGACUCUGAAGAAGAACACAAAGAUGAUCUUGAGGAUAUACUAAAGACAAUAAAUAUGUAGUUUUCAAUCAGCUGCUUU